CCGGAUCUAUAUACACACAAUGGCUAACGCCGCAGAUGGUAAGUUUUGUUGACGUAAAUUAAAACAAGUUUUUAAAUUAAAUACAUAUGUAUUUGUCUAAGAAGGCAGGCUAAGCCCCAAAACUCAAAAAAAAAAAAAAAAGUGGUACACUCAAAAUUAACUUUAUUUAGGUCUUGUUCGGUUUGAGUUAUUCUAAACACUAAAUUCUAAAUAAACCCUAAACUCAACAGUUAAUUUAAACAGUAGUCAGUAGUAAACAGUGUGUAGUGUGUCACUUAGUUCAGACUAAACUUUGUAUUAAAUUAAACUUAACUAUUAAAAUUAAGUUGAUUCUGAUAAACUCGCAGUUUUAUUAUCUAACCGACUUCAAGUCCGUCUUGAAUUUAGAUUAAGUAUUUAUUAAGCCUAAUUCUGAUGAAAAAUGAAAGAAUUGACAUGACUCACAUGAUGAAAAUGAAGUGAAAUUAAAUAUGAAUUUAUCAAAAGUUUCACUGAGCUCUUAUUAACUCAGAUCCCAUUUAUACUAAAGCCCACUUCUACACCUGUCCUCCUGAGGCUUCAGUUUCAAUGCCCUUAGUCUUAGUUAUUAGUUGAAUAAAUUUGGAACUGCGCAUAAUAAAAAAUUACGUAGUGGAUGCGUACACCGCGGCGGUGUACCUAGCGAAACCAUCGGCUAUGGCCUGGGUACACCGCGGCAAAAAUGUACCAUUGGCCUUGUUUUAAGAUAUGCUUGCCAGAGAAGAUCUUGUGUGGUCAAGUGGUAGAGUGGACGCUUGGCGAUAAUAUAUUUUGAGAUCAAUUCCCAGUAGGGGAUCAAGCUUUUUUUACUCCCAUUUCAGUUUUAAAAUAUUUUGUAGCAAUUUAAACAAUUUAAAUAUAUUUUUAAAUAUUAUAUUAAAUACACUUUUUUAUAUAUAUAUAUAUAUAUAUAUAUAUAUAUAUAUAUAUGUGUGUGUGUUUCAACAAGUUGUGCCGGCCUUUGAGUUUGAAAAUACCGGUACAUUUAGUAAUAAGACAUUAGACAUUAGAAAACAAACAUAAAGUUUCUGAAAGCGCAUGUAUAGUCUAUGUAACAUGUAUAAGAGAAUCAUUAUGAAUACUAAGUGAUAUUCUUUGUAUUUCAACAAUCUUAGUGUAGUUGAAUAUUUACAUUUUACUUUUACGAACACCCAAAGAAAAUACUAGUAUAUCAUUAAUAUCAUAUGACUAUGAAUAUUAAUGUCAUUAUUGUGCAUGGUUGUAUUUCAACCUUGAACCAUCUUGCUUUCACUAUGCCUUAUGCAUUGGCAAAAUGUACACACGAUAUCAAAGGUUCAUUCACAACACUCAGUCUCACAGCAAAUCUUUUUGAAAACACCUCGAUUUUUAGAAACUUACGGAGCGGUAGCAAACUGUAUAGCAAAGCCAUAGGCAUAGGUCUGCGUUUACCCUUUUCAUGACGGAAUUUGUUUCCAGAAUGGCAUGGCAUGUGCUAUUCUCAGGGUAAAACACGACGUUUUCUCACAGAAACCAUUGCACAAUGGGCUUGGGACAGGAUUUGCGCUAUGUCAAAGUUUUUUUAUUUUUGUAUUUGUUGUUUUUUUUUGUUAAGAAAUGGAUCCUUGCGGGGGGGUGGGGGGGGGGGUGGAGGUGAGAUGAGCAGAGGCUUAACCAAAAAGGGGACCUUCACAAAUCACGGCUCUUGAUAGGGGUUGUCCACAAAGGACGUCCGCACAACAAACUUACCUUUUGCAUCCCCCCUCCACCGGCAUUUUUUACUAAUGUGUAAUGCCAAUGUAAAACUAAAUCAAUGAUAUUUAAUUAUUGUUAAAAGACUUUUAAAAAUCACUGCAGUGUUUCGUAUUUAUCAUCAUACUGUUGUUUUGUGUUGACACAUGCUUGGUAUCACAAUGACAAUGCCUCGGACAACUUUAACUUCACGACUUCAUGAUCAAUGUAUGAGUAUGUGAUUCUCUUCCCGUAGUGUAUUUGUGGCGUAAUUAUAUCUUGGGGCUAACAAAAUAGAUUCACUGGCUUCCCAUUCAUUUUUACACCACGCCCGAGGGAUCACAUACAAUCACAAUGUUAUAUUUAUAAUGCCCCCUCCCCCCAAAAAAAAACAAAAAACACAACAACUGGGUGGGGGAGAAUAAUUUCAAAUUAGCUACCCCUUUUUAUGCUUAUUAAGAUUCACAAUCAUAUGAUAAAACUUACAACAAUUAAUAAAUAUAUUUGUAUUUCAAUAUAUUGGGGAGGGGGGAAAUAAAGUGGUUAACUUUAAAAAUAAAUCAUGGUUUAACAUUACACCCCCAGCCCCCUCCCUUCCAAAAAAUAAUAAGAAAUGCUUUACAAGUACUUUGCCACAUAAGUGUGGAACUUAAUCAAUAUUUCCAAAGGUGCUAAACGAAUUUGAAAUAAAUAGUUUUCAGUUUUAUCACGAGUAUAACAUUAAAUCUACAAGUACCGGUUAGGCCAAAAAGUUAAAGACUCGCAAAGACCAUAGUUUUGCUACUUUAAAUUGCUGCGGUGUACGCAGGCAACAGACCAUGAUUUAGCUAGGUACACCGCCGCGGUGUAUGCAGGCCAAAGUCAAUAGUUUUGCUAAGUACACCGCCGCGGAGCAACAACCAAAAAUAAAAUUUACUUGGUCAAGCUGUACUUGAUAAACUAGUUUCAAAUAAAAAAGAAUGUGCAACUGUAUUAUUUUGAGUUGUCAAGACUCAAAUAAGGUAAGUUUAAAAUUAAAAUUCCUUAAUAUUUAUAUACAAACAAUACUAAUAAUAAUCAUGUUACUGCAUUACUGCUAAAAUAAGUAAUGAGAAUGAGUGUAAAGUCAUCACUUAAUGCCAACAUGUAUAUUUUAAAAAAAUCUUGAUACCCCAUACCCACUCCUCGCCUACACAGGCAUCAGCAACACCCCUUACCCACUACCCCUUUCAGAAAAUCCUGAUUUUUAGACCUAUGCCCAGUUGGCUUCUGUGUUCUGAUUCAGGGUUGACCUACUCAAGAUCAGACAGCUGGUCUAAUGAAUUCAUAUUACCUAACUAUUUGAUAUUUGGAGAUGAUCCCCAAAUUAAUUUGAACCCACUACGACUUUGUUGAGAUUGACUACCGUCACACAAGGGAGCUGCUAUUUUUCAUUCUGCUUCAUAUUUAAAUGUAUUAAAUCCUACUGCUUUGUGUAUGUCUGUCUGUCUGGCUAAACAUUCUAAAUGGCUCUUUGCCAUGACCAGCAUAGUUUAUUGGAGUGGAAACAUAGUUUGACAUUUGAAGACAUAAUUUAUUUACAUGAUCAAUGAUAGCAUAAAUACCGUAGGUUCCAGGGAAUUAGCCUAUUAAUAUUAAACCAUGUAUAACAAAUAUUAGUUUUGAUAUCAUUAUCGUAAUUAACCACAGGAUUGAUCAUGCUUUGUUUGACUAAAUACUAAAUGAAUUUAAUUAAUUUUAAAACAUUUCAGAUGAUAUUAUUCGGAGGCGGCUGUUGAUUGAUGGUGAGGGUGGAAAUGAUGACAAAAGGUUAAAUAAUCUUCUCAAGACAUUUAUACGUUGGUCGUCAUCCAAAGAUGAUGAUGAAAAGUUAGUGAAUAAUCACAUUUACUUUUACUAUUUUGAAUAGUUUUAUUAAUAUCUUUGUUCCCUUACUGCAAUAUUUCAUUAUUUGCUAUGUUCUUGUUUCAAAUUUUGUCUCAUUGUAUUUCAUUUUAGGGCAUACCCUGGGAACAGAUUAGCCCUUUCUACCAAUUUUCAGUAUUCAAGCAUUGAUUCCUAUCAUAUUCUGGAUAUGCAGAGCCAUGGCAUGGGCCCUGCAACCCCUGAUAUUAAAGGGUCUAAAGUUGUGUGGGAAAAAAAAUAAACAAUCACUUUUGAAUGAAUGGGGGCACUAAAUAAAAAAAGUGGCAGGAGGUCCUCAAAGGUCAUGUGAUGGCUCUGUGUGUAUGACUCACUUAUGCUCCAUUAAUGGGAAUUUUAAUUAUUAAUUAUUUAAUUGUGGUGUUUAAGGAAUAUAUUUUUAAAUUUGUAUUAAAUUCAUUGUUGUGAAGAUUUUAGCUUUGUGAAAAGGAGCGUUUACUAUUAGACAAAAUGUACAACUUUAAAAUUUAACUUCCCAUCUACUAAAAUUUCUUGAUGAAACAUGAAUCUAGUAAUGCACAUUUAAUAAUCCUAAUUUUUUCUUCCCCCCCCCCCCCCAUGGUACGUCACCGCACACUUUUUAUUUCGCGCCCGUGACCUAUAUUAAAUAUUAUGAUUUCCCAACCACUUUUAAACCAAAUAGUUUUUACACCAUACUUAAAUUGAGACGAUUUCACUCUAAAAAAAGAAAAUAUUACGCACCAAACGCAGUUGCCAUAUUUUUAAAAAAAAUAUAUCACUUAGCUUAGUUAUCAGGAAUUAUAUUUUGUGCGCUAUUGAGCUCAUUAUUGAACCAUACUUUCUUUCAAACAUUUAGAAUUAUUUAUAAUAUACUCUCAAUACCGAAUUCGCUGAUUAGGAACGAGUCACACCAGAAGCAUAAUAUAUAUAAGAGAUUGGCAUACUCAGAAAUCGAUUCUCUCAAAGAAGAAAUCAAUAAAUCUAUUUAUGUUAAUCAAACUCAAAGUUAACUGUAUGCACAAUUUAAAAAAAAACACCAGUCGUGCACUGGGGCAGGAGUGUCUAGUUUAAUUUUAAACUGCAUCUGAAUUUCUUUGUCCAAACUUGUCUGACUCUGAUAAAUCAAAAUUAUCACUUUUUCCAACAAUGGUAUUUGCAGAUACUUGCUCAAAAAAAAUUCAGAUUUAUUAAUUUUCACACCCAUGUACUGUGUCACUGGGUAGAUGUAAUUGGUAAUGCCAUUUCAUCACUUCUGACUUAAAAGGGUCCUUUCCCCCUAACCUGCUUGAGUGAAAACAGCUAACUAUAAACUGCUUAUCUUUUCAGUAGUCAAGCCAUGUACCAGCGCAUGCAAGCCAUGAUAGGACAAUGUGAAUACACAUUAGAAAAGGCCAUGAACACCUAUGAGAUGAAUAAACAGGAGCUGGACAAUUAUGAAAAACUUAGCAAAGAUAUUGGUAAGCAGUUAACAUGUUAUCAAGGGGAUUUCAGUUUUAUUGGGACACACCAAUACCUGAGCGCCCCAUGCUGAACAAAUUCCUGAUUUUUUAAAAAAUUCAAAUGGUACAACUUAUACUAUAAUGAGAUGAGAUAUUGAGCUUCAAAUAAACAGCUGCCUAAAUUAACAAGUCCUGAUUUUGAAAAAUCUAUUGCCCUAAAAUCAUAAUUAGUACACUUGCUUGGAGACAACAUAGAAAUAAUAAUUAAUAAUAUUAACUGAGCCAUUAUAAAAGGGUUUUUACUACUUUCACUAAGGAGAAUGAAAGUUAAACGGGUUGAGGCAAUAUUUAAAAAAACUCACCACCCAGAAACCCCACCACUUAUAAACAUUGGUGAGGUGUUGUGAAACCUAUCAUUACUAUUGAGGAAGUAGAGGGAGCCAUGCCCAUACAAAAAGUGGAACGUGGCAAAGCAGUCGUACCCUACAAGACAUUUGGAACUAACUAGAAGACAGAAACUAUCAUCAAACUAUCUAAAAAAAGAACUCUGAUUGAAACAACUGCAAAGGCAUCAAUCUCCUAUCCCUCAACAACAAAUCUCCUGCCGCAUUGUUUCUACAAUAAAUCAAAACAGCAGUGGAAAACACACUCAGACUGGAACAGGUCACUUUAGGAAAGCACAUCAUCUGCAGCAAGAUAUUUUUCCAACUUUCUUCUUCCAGCUUAAAAAUGUUUAAAUGAAAUAUAAGAACAAGGUAUGCUGAACUUGAAAUCAUAGACAGGAGAAAAUAUUUGGAUGUUUCGGCUUAGAGCCUUCAUCAGCAAAUAAGACAAAAAGAAGUAUGACAAGUAACAGAACACAGUAAAAAAAAUUUCAGAGAUUUCCUUUUGUUGCCGGAAGUAGGAUUACAGGAAGUAAAAUAAUAUAAUUAUUGGUAUUGUGAAAAAUAAGGGAGAGAAUCUUAACGGACCAAAAUAUUUAGGGAUACAUAAAAUCUAAGGAAUAAGAAAGAACAAAUACAGGGAAAUUGAGAAACAUUAGUAUGAGAGUAUUUAAUUAAUACCCUGUGGAGAUAUGGUGCCGAAAAGCUGAAUAAAUGUUUUUUCCAUUUUCACCCUCUCUGGUGUGUUUGUGCAAGAAAUUGGUGCCUUAAUGGAUAUAUCUAAUGCACCUUUAUGUUGCUCUCUGUUGAAGUGUUAAGAGACUGGGGAAAGUUUACCUUGUUCAAUAUCCCGAAGAUGUUCUGUGAACCUAUCUACCAAUCUUCUCCCUGUUUUGCCUAUAUAGCUAGAAUGACAUCUACGUCACACAAUCACAUAUAUCACAUUACGACUAACGCAUGUGAAACUCUCUUUGAUGGUAAAGGUACCUUUAGGGAGGAAAAUUUUUUUUGUUUGGAGUUUAUAGGGACACGUCUUACAUCAGCUUCUUGAGCAUGGCUUAAUCCCAAAGUAAGACGGGUCAGCUUGAAGGCGACUAUGAAGCAGAAAGUCACCUAGAAUUUUUGUCCCGUCUGAAGACAAUCAAUGGAGGGGAUGAGAAUACCCUGUUAGUGUCGGGGUCAGCAAGAAGUAUGUUACGAUUCUUUAUGAAUAUUUUUUUGGCUGUCAAAUUGUGAGGGUGAUCGGUUAAUAUGAGUUUGGUUCGAUCUUCAUUUUUGUUUGGGUGAGAUUUAAAAGCAUCUUUCCAUGUUAUAGUGCUGACAGGAUUGAGUGUCAAGACAAGAGUAGUUUCAGGAUAAGAUCUGGAGCAGAAGAAAUCCGACAUUUCUUCAGCUUUUUCUAAAAAGUCUUCAUUAAGCUGGCAGAGGCGCCGUAGUGUGAGAAGUUGUGAGAAAGGUAUAGAGUAUUUGCAUGAUUUGGGGUGGUCCAUCAAUUAUUAAAAAUGUUUAAAAGUCUCAUUCAAUAUGUGUUACAAUGAGGCAGACAUCAUGUCAGGUGAAAUAUCUAGAUGCUUAGCAAAAGUUAUGGAAGUUGCUCCAAGUGCACUCUGUUCACAUACUUGACAUCUCUGUUCACAUACUUGGCAUCUCUGUUCACAUACCGUUACUUGACAUUUUGUUAUCAUACAUUCACUUAGCUUCAAUAUUCUGACCCCGUACUUUGUUUCUGAAUUCCAAGUAACAGUGCUCAACUUAUUAAGUGGCAGUUAAUUUUGUCUUUCUUUGUUAAUAGAAAAGCAGUGCAAUCCAACAGAAUCUUUCUCAUUGACAAUAAAAAGACCGUUAUACUAGAUGUAUACUGCAUAGUCAGGAGUAGAGGCAGUUUUCAAGAAUUUUAGUUCUAGCUGCUGUAGAAGUCUUGGCCAAUGUAGAACCGCUACAAAUUAGGAGGGAAAAAUCCAUCUUAAAUACCGUAGAGAGGUACCGACGGCUCGGUGAAAAUGAACCAGCCUUUCAAAUGCAAAAUAACUGGGUGGGUGGCAGGAGACUAAAGAGGUCCUCUUUCAUGCACCAGGUCGUGGAGCUGGAGAGGACAGUUCCCCUGCCCCCAAAUAGAGAACGUCUGACCCAAAUCCCAGUUAAUCCGCCUUAUGCGGAACCCUCACGCCCCUCCAUACAUUUGGCCUUGACAGAUGCAGCAGUGACGAAACGAAGCCCUGAACAUGUACAGAGAGUGGCUGCCCUUGAGACCAUGGAUGUGUUCACGCACAUACCUGUGAAAGUGUUCACGGACGGCUCUGCUGACUUUAGGAAAAGAACUGCUGGGUACGGUGCGCUUAUUCAGUACCCAGUAGGUGGACCACCCAAUGAAAAACUCUCCGGGCCUUGUGGGACUACAGCGUCAAACUUUGACGCGGAGCUUAUAGCUAUGCACAAGGCCUUGGAGAGAGUCCAUAUCACUCUGGAAGGGACGGAACAUGCGGGGCUUGAUAUUGUUGUCUUCUCAGACUCAAGAUCUGCUCUUGAGAUCUUGGAGAAGAGACAGGGUACCACACGCCUGGUCGACGUCAUUCACAACGACAUAUGCAGACUUGGUGAAAUAGGGUGCAAGGUUGAAAUGCAAUGGAUACCAGGGCAUGUCAACAUCAGUGGCAAUGAGAUAGCUGACACUCUGGCGAAAACCGGGGCAGCCCAGCCUCAGCCAGAAGUACCAAUGACUUUCUUGGGAGUCAAAAACUGGCUGGCGGACCACUUCAGGCAGAAGUGGUACAGGCAAUGGGCUGACAACACGACCGCCAGAGGCGUCUAUUCGAACUUGCCUACUCCUAGCAAACAAGACCCAUGGUGGGGGUUAGGUCGUAGAUUGCAGAGUCUAGUAACGCAGAUGCGCACCGAGCACUGCCCCCUGCGCACAUAUUUCUGGAGGUUGGACAACAACAGAGAUCCUACCUGCCGGCACUGCAGCCUGGCCCCAGAGACCUUAGAACAUCUGUUGACGGAGUGUCCCGCACUAGAUCUCCCGGGGGAAGCCAGGGCGGUUGGAGGAUCCUUUGUGAGGGAAAUGUUGUAUGGCUCAGCUCAACAGAUGGAGUUGAUAGCCAAUUUACUAGCCGGGGUCAUAAGAGAGUAAUCUCAGACCUUCACCAGAAUAUGUGCGUUAGUUAGUUCUAGAAAUUACAAUGUAGUGGGAUUGAUUUGUUUUCAAAGAACAUUUUAAAUAAAAUUAAAUAACACAUUUUUAUAAUUUUUUUAUUUUUGCAUUUAAUUUAUGAGUUUACUUAAUAAACUUUUUAAAAAUAAUCAUUUACUAACUUUUAAAAAAUCAUCACAGAACCUUAUAGACAAAAGUUAAUUAUUCAAAAAAGAAAUGAGUCUGAAAAUAAAAUCUGAUUUAGAGUUCAAUUUGACAGACCUUGACUUGACAGAAAAUGUUGUAGGAAAAAAAACUGAUAGGUCUUAAUUAUGGGUUGUGUGGAUCAAAUUAAAUUGAAUUAAAAAUUUUUUGCCAAUCACAAAAUCAACCAAUGACAAUUUGGGAGUUUACUAUUUACCAAUUCAUAUUUAUUGUUUUUUUUAAAAUGUAGAUGACAAAAUAGAGGAGGCCACUAAAAGAAUUGCUGAAGCUAAAACAGAACUGCAGCUUGCCAAAUGCAUUAGGAAAAACAGACAAGGUAAGGCAAAUGAAAUUUGCUUAUUUAAAGCUUUACAUAUGAAUAGUGAUUGAGAAUUAACACUGUCAAACCAUGAGUAUAUUUGAAUUUUAAUCAUCAUACUAUAUCUUUUUGAAUCUCCUCCAACUCCAAUGAUGAGCCAAUUGAAAUUGUGAUAAUGAUAACUGUAUAGCAUAACCUUAUUCUUAAAACAAUGCAAUGUUGAAGCUUUUUUUAUUUCCUACAUCAUCACCAUCAAUAAUUGCUCUAAGGGACCAUCCAUAAAAGACGUCCACCAUUUUUUUUGCUAUUUUUUACCCCCCCCCCUCCCCCUUUGUCCACUUUUGACUUGACAACCCCCCCACACCCCCCAGUUGUUGACGUCCAAAACAUAAAAUUUACCGAACUUAAAUUAAUGAAUAUUUUGGGAAAACGUACAAUAUAAAUAGUUUGUAUUUACAAAGAUUUUUUUUAGAAAUUCCAAUUAUUUGCAGGCAAAAUUCUAAAUGAAAUAAUAACUGUUCAAAAACAUUUUAUUGAAUCACUGUAUUAAAAAAUGUAAUAAACAAAUAAUCCACCAUUCUUCAAUCAACGGAAAAUUCAGACUGCAGCCAUUCAAAAAUGUUUCGUAUAAUGACAACGUCUGUUCUUGAGUCUUCAAUUGCUAAUUCAAUUUGAGUGGCAGUCUCUUUGUCUGAUUCGUCUGCCAUAUUAUGUUCACUAGCAAGAAUAUUGCAAUGGACGACCUUAUGUUUUUUCAUUGCCGCCUGUGAUGGGAAAUAUUUACCGCAGAAACAUAUUCUCUUGGAAAUUCUCCCAGCCACCGAUGGACAAUAGAGAUCAAAAGGCAUGCUACUGUAACUGUGAUCGGGCAGUAAAUUUGCAGUAAAUUUAUGCAAAACUGCUGCACUCAAAAAAUCACUACAAUGUGGACAUCCACUUUGUCCUAAACCCCCUCCCCCCUUUUGUCCACUUUAGUCCACUUUUUGCUGAACCCCCCUCCCCCCAUUUGUGUGGACGUCUUUUAUGGAUGAGCCCUAACUGGGUGGUAAUGUUAAUGGAAUCAAGAAGAAUCUCUUAAAGAUCAAACAUUUGGAACAUCUUUUUCUGACUCUGUUUCUAUCUGCACAUUACAGAAUAUGACAAUUUAGCUAAAAUUAUACAGCAGCAACCAGAUAGACAAGCAACAACAAAGUAAGUCAAGUUCAUUUUAUUUCCAUUAUAGUUCUUUAAAGUAAGUCUAUUUCAUCUUAUUUCCAUUAAAGGUCUUUAAAAUUUAAAGUAAGUGUAGUUCAUUUUUAUUCAUAAUAGUUCUUAAAAGUAAGUCUACUUCAUCUUAUUUCCAUUGUAGCUCUUACUGCAUAAAAAUAGACAUUAGAUUUUUUUAAAUUGCGUUUUCUCACUACUUUCCACUUUACUAGCGUUGCUUAAAUAAUACCAUUACAAAUUUCUGCAGACAACUUCAAGCUUUAGACAAAGAAUUAUCAACCCUGGCAACAACACGACGGCAAUUGGAAGAAAAGGUUAGCUCUAAGAACAUAGAAUCUUUAUUGAAACACCAUUUAACUAAUCAUAGACCCUUACUAUUUAAUAGUAAUUCUUAAAUUAUUUGAAUGAAAUUUAAAUACUGCUAUCAACAAAGAGUCUUUCAUAACAAAGCUUUUGUUUAAAUGGUCCAAUAAACUAAUAGAAGGUUAUUAUUUUUAACAGUUGGAGUUACGCAGAAAACAGUUCAUGGUUUUAAUCACAUCUAUACAUGAGUUGCAGCGCAUAUUAGAAGGUAAGUUUAUCUGACUUUUAUAUAUUACUGUAUAAUUGAUGUCUAGUUUCAAAACAAUUUGGAUUAAACCUCUCAUUUGCUUAUAUUUUAAGAUGCUAAUUUCUUAAAGAAAUAUGUUUGGUCAUUAUUACUAACCCCUCUUAUUAACUACCUGUAUGCAACAGAAAUGCAUUUACCUGCAACAUAGCUGUAGAAGAGUUGUGCAACAUAGUUGAUAGGGGAUGGGGGCAAAACAGAUUUAAAAGAAAGGGGCAACAGAGCUGGUAGAAGAGUGGGGCAACAUAUCUGGUAGAAGAAUAGUGGAUCAAUUUUAAUAAAUCAUAAUUUUUUUAAUUUAAAAAGUUCAAAUUAUUUUUGUAAAUAUUUUUUUAGUUAUAUGUUUUAUAAAUUUUGGAACUGAGAGCAGGGAGAAAUUUUCUAAAAAGACACAUGAUAAUGAUUAAGAAAAUGUAUUUUGUUAGAAAUUCUGAUUGUCCAAAAAACUGAAAUAAAAACGGUUAAUAUGUUAAUUCCUUGGUUUUUUUCUCUUACAGCUGAUGAGCAACAGGACGGGGAUGAAAAUAAAGAAGAAGAAAUGAAUGUGGCUAGCUAGGAAUUAAUUGUUCACAUCUUUAUCAUCUUACUCUCAUUUCCAUACCAUUAAUGUUAUUACCGUAUCAAUUCAUUAUCAUUGUUAAUAAAGUUAACUUUGUAUAUACAAAAGGGAACUUCACUUAAACACAAACGUUUAUCAUAAAGUAAAGUUUGUCUCAUAUAUUGUAAUUAUUUUGCUUGCGAUCUGAAUGUAUAAUGCUUUUCUCCAGCUUCACCUUUUUUGGGGACUCUAUGUUAAAUGACAUUUUGUAUCCUCUGACACAUCCUUGUUAGUUUGUGUGAAAGUUAAUAGCAGUUUAAAAUAAAGAAAAUUUCGAACAUUUUCUACUGGUUUUUUAAAAUAUAUUCUAGUUACAAUGUUUCUCAGUUUCUGCUUUAGUUUACAAAACAGAUCUGUUUCUGUCACAGAGUGAUUAUUAUGGAAGAUGGUUUUGUAACCGUUCCUCUGUGUUUCUGAUCUUUAUCAUCCAGGCGAUUCUUUCUGUGACCCUGAUCUUUAUCAAGUGAUGAGCUCUCGAACAGCUGCCAUCUGCCUAUCUUACAAACAAGACCAAAACACAAACUCUCCUAUAACCUCGGAAACUACAUCAAAUGCGCAAAAUGCACCUAGUCACAUUUCUUAAUUAAAAACUAAAAGGCAAAUAACGCUCAAGCAACAAACAGCAAGUUACUGUUCUCUGUUUCCCGCUCAAGUAACAAACAGCAAGUUACUGUUCUCUGUUUCCCGCUCAAGUAACAAACAGCAAGUUACUGUUC